AUGAUUGCCUAUUGUAUCUGUGUUCUAGACGACCCCUGCGCAGAUCCUAAUCUCUGUAACGGAGGUACGUGUGCUGUGGAUCCGAAUACUGGUGAUGCCCUGUGCAUCUGUGCAGCAUGUAAGACAGGAGAUAAGUGCGAGUUAGACACAGAUCCUUGCGAAACGGCUACAGCGAAGAGGAAAUGUCGGGUGAAUGUGGACCCGAGUGAUGGUAACGGAACCUGCAUUGUGGAUUACAGCAUAACCGACUACUGUGCCUACAAAUGCGACUGUACAUAUCCCGGGAACGUGCCAAACCAAUGUGGAUCAUCUCCUUCACAACUUCAAUACGCCACAUGGUGGAAACCGUCGCAGACUAUGUCACUGUCACCGCUAUACAAAAUAUGGAAGAACUUGUGGUAG